AUGGGUAGUAAUGGCACGGUUACGAACGACUCCAACGACACCGCACCCACCGCAAUCCCCGAGACCGAUUCCCCUCCCCAGUCCUCGGCCGCAAUUCCCGACUCCCCAACCCCCCCAGCCGACCCUCCCCUCUCCGAUACCAUCGACCCCGAACCCGACGAAGCCUCCCCCCUUGACACAGCCAACUUCCUCUCCUUCGAAGAAUGGCGCAAGAAGAACCUCGCCGACGCCGGACAGUCCCCCGACCGUGUGGGCCGCCACUCCGCGCACGCCAAGGGCUCCCGUCGCCCUCCUGGCAUGAACGCACCGCUGGACAGCCUAGAUCGGGUGGGCAGCGACGGGGCGAAGAAAGCGCCGGCGGAGCACGCGCGGAACAAGGAUGCGGGGAAGACGUGCAAGGAACGGUUCAACUACGCGUCGUUCGACUGCGCGGCGACGGUGGUGAAGACGAACGCGGAGUGCCGCAGCAGCUCGGCGGUGCUGGUGGAGAACAAGGACAGCUACCUGCUGAACGAGUGCGCGGCGGCGAACAAGUACCUGAUCGUGGAGCUGUGCGAGGACAUCCUGGUCGAUACGGUGGUGCUAGCGAACUUCGAGUUCUUUAGUUCUAUGGUGCGCGCGUUCCGGGUGAGCGUGUCGGAUCGGUAUCCCGUGAAGAUGGACCGGUGGAAGGAGCUGGCGACGUUCGAGGCGCGGAACUCGCGGGAGAUUCAGGCGUUCUUGGUGGAGCAUCCGCUGAUCUGGGCGCGGUAUCUGCGCAUCGAGUUUCUGAGCCACUAUGGGAACGAGUAUUAUUGUCCGGUCAGCUUGGUGCGCGUGCAUGGGACGACGAUGAUGGAGGAGUUUCGACGCCAGGAAGAGCUCGCGAGGGGCGACGCCGGGCAGGAGGAUGAUGCGGAGGAUAUUUUGGACACAGCGCAGACUCCAUCAUCUUCAACCGAGACAUGGCACCCACCUAUGGCAUUGCGCAAUACGACAGCCUCACAAUCACCGACCGAAUCCCCCCAAAGCCAAUCUAUCUCGUCCAACUCCACCUCAACCAAAUCCCGUGCAACCACCACUUCCUCCCCCCAACCCUCCCCCACCACCCAAGAAUCCUUCUUCGCCUCCCUCCACAAGCGCCUCCAAUCCCUCGAAUCAAACUCCUCCCUUUCCCUCCAAUACAUCGAGUCCCAAUCCCGCAUCCUCCGCGACGCCUUCGCCACCGUCGAAAAGCGCCAACUAAACAAAACCACCCGCUUCCUCGCCCACCUCAACUCCACCGUCGCCGCCGAGCUCGCCGGCUUCCGCACCCUCUACGAUCAGCUCUGGCAAUCCACCGUCCUUGAGCUCGACAGCGCCCGCGACCGCCAGGCCCGCGAACUCCACGCCAUGAGCCGCCGCCUCGCCCUCCUCGCCGACGAGCUCCUUUGGCAAAAGCGCCUCGCCGUCCUCCAAGCUACCCUCCUCCUCCUCUGCCUCGGCCUUCUCCUGUUCGUCCGC